AUGAAAGCUACAUUCUUAGCAGGCUGCCUCCUCCUCGUCACCAAGGUCAUAGCCGGCGGUUAUGCCGGUGCACUGGACCGUGUGUGGUUGUAUUACGCCUACCUAAUCGACGGACUGAACGACAAAGAUAAGCAAACGAUUGGAUGGAAGUGUCGAAAAUGGGACGACAUCGCAGAAAAAUGCAAGCUUCACUCCAAAACUGGCCAGGAAUGGUGGGAACAGUGCGUAGGCAAGCUGCCGGAACGACGCUGCACAUUUAGUCAAUUCCACAACUUUGUUGGUGGCACAGUAGCCACAGAUCAACUUCUUGCAGACAAGGAUGGCAACCUUCUGCCUCUCACAGCCACAGAUUUUGAUCCCGAAAUGACUGCCAAGAAUGUGUACAACCAUUUCAUGGCGAAACAAGGCUCUCUGAAGGAUUGGCCAGGAUACAAGGCAGUGUAUCAUGGUAUAGACGAAUACGUGGACACUAUCGACAGGAUUACAAAGGUGGUAGAGAAAGCUGCUGCAGAAGGAAAAGCCACGACCGACGAAACCAAGAAAUACUUCCAGCGCUUCGCUGAGACUACCGCCCAGAUCAAAACUGCCAGAAUUGGUGACCAUGGCCCAUUUCUUAUUACAAAGGCAAACGAUGUGCUGCCUAAGAAAGGAGUUACUGUAGAGACGGAGAAAGUCGGUACUGGUUCUAACCCGAUGGAUCCUAACGACCCUUGGGAGACGGUUGAUUGGGAAAAGACUGCAAAAGGGGGGGUGGACAGCGGAAAGUAUACCCCAUCACAGAUGGAGGAUAUGAUUGACGAGGUGAAAACGGAAUUCUAUACUGACCCUAAGGAUACAAGACCCAAAAUGCAUUUGGAAGUUAUAGAGGCCUUUGAGAAGACCGAGAACAUAGCUAGAGGAUGUAUCUAA